AUGGUCUCCGCCUCAACCCUCCUCACCAUCGCGCUAAGCGCCCUGGCCACCGCCGCGCCUCUCCUACCUCGCGUCAACUGCGUCUCCGGAUUAUACAUAAUCGUAGCACGAGGCUCCAACGAGGCCGCGGGCGAAGGCAAGCCAGGUCAAGUCGCCACCUUGAUCAAGCAACGCGUGCCCAACUCCGUCAGCGUCGCGGUCAACUACCCGGCCACGCUCUCAUCCUACCCAGAUUCCGUCACCGCCGGCAUCCAGGACACCAUCUCCAAGAUCCAAGACUACGUCAACACCUGCGGAUCCGGCAGCCGCAUCGCCCUCCUCGGAUACAGCCAAGGCGGAAACGUCAUGACCGAUGUCCUCGCAGGCGGUGUCGACAAGCCCGCCCCCCUGAGUGACAAGUACCGACAAAACAUCCGUGGUGUCGCUGUCUUUGGUGACCCAAGCUUCACCGUUGGCCAAUCGUUCGAUCGCGGUACCGCAACGAAGAGCGGUGUCUUCUCCCGCAAUCCCAACGGCUCCAGCCUCGCGCUUUUGAACACCUACGCCGGCGUCGUCCGCAGCUACUGCGACCAGCACGACACCUUCUGCGCUACCGGUGACAGCCUCAAUGUGCACUACGCUGAGGUGCCCAACCACGCCCAAGAAGCUGCUGAUUUCAUUGUUGGCUUGAACCAGUAA